UUUAUUUGUUCGUUUUGUUUGUAUUUUUGUGUAUGAAAAUGUUUUACUUAUGUUUUGUAUUUUUUGUAAAUUUUUGAAUACCUACAUUUUCAAACUUUUUUGGCUACGUACUAAAAAAUUUUCAAUUUCACUCUCUUAUCGGUUUGGUCAUUUAGAAAAAAAUUGUGUAGGAAGGAUGUAGGUAUUUUUGAAAUCAAAUUGUUACGGCGAUCACUCCAUUUCUCUGUACUGAUAACGGUUGAACGAUGAUACAUAUCAGGUUAUUCUGGGGACAAAUCUGAUGACUGUUCAGAUGAUUUUUUUGUGACGUUAUUUUCCAAUCAAGUGGAAUACGUGAGAUAAUUUUUAAUGUGGUUGAGUAAAAGUUGAGAAUAAAUUAAAUUCAUAACAUUUUUAAAAGUGGUAGGAAGGUUUCUGAUGAUUUUAUUGUUUAUUUACUUGGUUCAAUGAUGGCGAGCUUGAAAUUUAAUUUGAUUUCUAUUUCGAUUCGGUGGUGUUUUACUUUCGCAUUGGUUUUUUAUUGUACAUGCGAAGGAAAUUUUACAACUGUUAAUACGCCCCAGGGUAUAAAUUUUGCAACACCGAGCACAACAGCACCAAACAUUACAGAACUAAGGACUACAACGCCUAGCAAGCAAUCAGAACCCAAUUGCCAUGCUGUGCCUCCAACUCCAUUCAUUAGUAACUUUCAGUUUGGCGCUUUCCUUCUCGUAUGCAUAUUUGCUUUGAUGUGUAUCGUGUAUUUACUGUAUUUGAAAAGAAUGGAAGUUGAAUCGAAAAAGUGCAGUUGUCGGAUGCAAAGAAUGUGCCAACUUGGAAAUCCGAGCGAAGAACCUAGGUAUUCACUCGACCCGUUAACAGUUUCAAAAUUAUUGGCUCAUCAUAAUGCUACUGUUGUUCCACGGAACGAACCCAAUACCAGUAAAGCUAGUGACCAAGCAAUAUCAUCAACUAUAGCAGUUCCCAACACACCUAACGCCGAAUUGGAAAAAGAAAUUCAUACUUGGAACGCUCACAAAUAUCUGGAAUAUUUGAAAAACGAAGACGAACAUGUUUACGAAGAUCCUGCUUUGGCUGUACCGCAGCGUAAACAUUUGAAUAAUAAUCUCAAUCUGCCCAGUGCAAGUAAUGCCCAAGUAUCUCAUAAUCAGCGUUUAACAUCUUUUAAUAUCAAUGAAACUGUAAGGAUUAGUCCGAAAACCUUCCAAAAAGAAGAAUCCAAUGGCAGAUUCUGAAAUUAUUGCUAAUUAAGGUAACCAUUUAUACGCAGAAAAUGAUCAUCUUACCGAGCUCUGAUUGUACUCCAGUUAUCGAUCAUAAAAUCAAAAGGCACCGUCGAAGUGUGGAAACUUUGUGGUAUUGCUGCCCACAUCAUGCUAACUUUGUGCAGGUGAUCCACCGAGUAAUCGUCGUCCAAAGUUGAAGCCAGAAAUCUAUUUUAAUUUAUCAUAUUAUUUAUUCGUAUAUUUACCUACUCUUAUUUAUUAAUCGUCUGAAUCGGAUAAGCAUUGCUAUACUUAAGUAGCUACUUACUCUUUAUAAUUUUUUUCUUUUUUAAAGCAAUAUAAACUUUUCAAGUAUGUAAUUUUA